CCCUUCACCCCCUCAUUCGUUUCUGAGAAGCAACGAGACAUCAUCAUGCCCGAGCCAGCAAAGUCAGCGCCCAAGAAGGGCUCCAAGAAAGCCGUCACCAAGACCGCAGGGAAGGGCGGCAAGAAGCGCAGAAAGUCCAGGAAGGAGAGUUACGCCAUCUACGUGUACAAAGUCCUGAAGCAGGUCCACCCCGACACCGGCAUCUCCUCCAAGGCCAUGGGAAUCAUGAACUCCUUCGUGAACGACAUCUUCGAGCGUAUCGCCGGAGAGUCCUCUCGCCUGGCCCACUACAACAAGCGUUCUACCAUCACCUCCAGGGAGAUCCAGACCGCGGUGCGCCUGCUGCUCCCCGGUGAACUUGCCAAACACGCCGUGUCCGAGGGCACCAAGGCCGUAACCAAGUACACCAGCUCCAAGUAAACAGCGCAUUUGGACUGCUCUACUAACCCAAAGGCUCUUUUAAGAGCCACC